AUGUACCACGACGUCAAUAUGUUUUAUAAGUUUCAUAAGUAAUUUAUAAUUUUGUGAAUUAAAAUACAAUGUACACGUUACCAUAAAACUUACUGAGAUCAAUAUAACAAGUAAUGUCUUUUGAUUGAUAUCUAAUUCUAUUAUCACAAAACAUAACCUAUAACUUGUUACUGGAGGAUAAGGUUUAGGUUUACAAAGAUUAAGUACAAAACGAUUAAUAGUAGUCGUUUUUGAAUUCUGUUUGAAAAAAACUUUUUCAAGAAGCACUAGGCUAACGAUGUACGUGGUGCAAUGUUCUGGAUUGUUAACGAAGCAAUUGAGUUCAAAUUGUAUCCGAGGUGGAACUAGGUUAGCAUCUUCUUUCGGUCAGCACGAGAAUUGUGGAAGAUUCCACGAAUACCGGAAUAGGGUAGCAUUGUGGUUGAAACAACAGAGCGGACAGGUAGUCAAAGCUUGUACCAGACAGUUCGAAUUUAUCGCUGCGCAACGUAUUAGGAGAAGCUUGCAGAUAUUUCAUUUGUACACACGGAUAUGGGACGAAGUAGCGCUCAAGGAAUUUAUGAAAAAUUGGAAACAUCGUGCAGUGAGAAAUGCUAGACACUUUCUAACAGGUAGCAUCGGCAUAACAGUGUACAACUGGGAUCGUGAAAGAAUAAGCGAAGAAGAACUCAAUAGUUGUAAAAGGGAUAUUGAAGAAAUUCACAGGCUAAAAGAUAUCACGCUUAUUUGUCCAAAAUGUCAUCUAAGAGUUAUGAUAGAUACUCAACAACCAAAUAUAAAUUAUUGCACAUGUAAUGAUGGUAAAUUUAGCGCUACUUCUAAUCAAGAUCCUGAAGGAUGGAGACCAUAUAUAGAAAGGCAAGAUAUGCUCAUUUGGAGAAAAGAAGAAUCAAAUUCUGGAGGAUUAUUUGCAUAUAAAGUCUAUGGUACAUUUUCGGAUGUUACAGCGGAAGAUUUUUUACAAACUCAAAUAGAUCUGGAUUACCGGAAAAAAUGGGAUUCAACUGCUCAAGAAUUAAAAAUCAUAGAUACUGAUCCGGAAUCGAAAGAAUCUGCUGAUAAUGGUAUUGAUGUUGUAUAUUGGGAAACGAUAUGGCCGAGAUUGUUCACAAAUAGGGAUUAUGUAUAUCAACGCCGAUGGAUCAUGGACAAAGAAAAGCGGUUAAUUGUAAUUAUAAGUAAAGUAACGGAACAUCCUAAUGCCCCUACCAAACCAGGAAUAUACAGAGUCACAACGUAUUGGUCCUAUAUGGUGAUAAAGCCUUAUACAGAUCUCCACCAACCAGGCAUAGAAUUCGGAUUAACUUAUUUUGAUGAUCCUGGUGUAAAUAUUCCUUCUGCGAUUACUUCGUGGGUCGCAAUGUCAGGGUUGCCAGACUUUUUAAUUCGGAUGAGGCAUGCGUCGAAAAAUUAUCAAAGUUAUAAACUCACAAAGCGAAAGGAAAAUGUUUCUGAUGCUAGUCAUAUUUCUUCGAGCGAAGAGAUUGUAUCCGAGUAUAACGUAGAAAACAAUAAAGAAAGUGAAACACUGAGUCAAAGUGAUGCAGUAGAAUGUGAUCUUGAUGAAGAAGUUGAAAUACUAACAUCAGAAACGGAAGAGAGCGAUGAAGAUAUAGAAGAUUCAAUCAACGAAGGCAGGGGUUUAUUACGUUAUUUCUUUUUUACAAAAUUAUUUGUUUGA